CCCUCUACCCCGAACACUCACCAUCCGCCGAUAACGACGACGACGACGCCAUGCCGCUCCCCGUCGUCAACGGCUCCCUCGCUCUCCAGAGCAACAUGCGGCCAGGCGAGACGACCCAAGCGGUCCCCCUGAAACGGGCCAUGCUCGUCCGCAUGUCCGAAGAGACUCUCGACGCCCUUUCCGCAUACCCUAACCACCCCUCGCUAGAGUUUAGCUUCUCCAAUGGAUCACAGGGCAUCUAUAUUGGAGAUCAAUUCUUUCCCAUGCAGACUGUCCCAGAGACAGCGCCACAUGAACUCUAUCUUCGCUCUGCACCUGUCAACAAACCCUCCGCACCACUCAAACUCUACGCCGACAUUACCGGCAAAAUCCUCGUCGAGCGCGAGCUCGGCUCCCGUGUCGAAGACCGUGUCCGCGAGUCCACUACCCAGGCGGCCAAAGCGCACAAGAACAAAGGAAUAGUGAGACUCAAUGAAGCACCUCCCACUCCAACAACCGCCACCAGUACAACGAAGAAGGGAAAGAAGUCGGGCUCGGGGGUGACGGUGACGAGGAGGGUGGCGCCGCAGGUGCAGCCGAUCAAAGCGAGGAACGAGGGCACGCAUUCGGCUUCUGCAGUGGUGUCUUUUGACGAUCAUCCUGCCAGAGCGAGAAUGAUCAGGUAUCUGGCUAUACAACAGCGGACGGCGGCAGAGGCGAUCAAGGCUGUGGGCGGUUCGAGUCUCUCGGAGUCAACAGCCAAGGAGUUGGCCCAGCUCCUCGAAGCGGUGGCCACACCUAUUCCAGCGAAGAAAGGCUCGAAGGACCCAACAGAGUACAAACUCAAAUCAUCCUCUUUCCUGGACGUCCGCCCAUACGACUGGGACAACCUAGCAGACAAGGAACGGACAAGCAUCGCCCGCGCAGGUCGCAUUGCCCUAGCCGAUCUCAAAAUCCCAGAGUCUGAUCCUCGAUGGGAUCAAUUCAGAUACCGGUCUACAGCCUCCGGCUCCAGCACGACGGGUGGUGGACCAAAUGGUUCGGGGGCUUCGACACCUGUCCAGAAGACACAUGCUGUGUCUACACCUCCGUACACGCAGACGACCGGGACGUCCAAACGCACUAAUGGUACCACGACGACUACCACGUCUACCGCCACUUCCAAUGCCGCCUCAUCAUCCAGCAAGAUCAGACCUCCGGCCACCAAAUCCGCCGCAGCAUCUAACUUCGAAGCUAAAGACGAAUCGACACAACCCUCCUCCUCACGUCAAAACCCCACCACAUCAUCUUCUGCUCCAUCAACAGCAACAACAUCGACACGAACGAUCCAUGGACUCCCACCGAAACCUCCAACACCGACUAUCCCUCCAUCCAUCUCAAAUUCCAGCUCUAUCGCUGGUCCCGCGAAACGCAAUCCACCAGGGGCUUCCGGGCUCCGGACGUCGUCCACUCCGACCACCGCGCCUUCCACCACCCCCUCUUCACAUGCAUCCCACGCCCACGCACAUUCCAACUCCAACUCGACCACUGCUUCUGGGUCUGGUUCGAGCAACGGCAACGGAAAUGGGCCAGAGAAGCCAAAGAGGACGGGCCCUGUGGAUGUGAGGAAUAGGGAUAAAGUGGCGAGACCAGAGCCUGUGCAGAGCGGGAGGGCGACGGCGUUGCCGCCUAUUGCGCCGCCGGUGAAGCAGAGGGAUGUCGUUGGUGUGAAGGCGAAGGAGCGGGAGAGGGAGAGAGAAAAGGCGGAACGUGAACGAGAGAGGGAGAAGGAGAGAGAGAAGGAGAAGCCGAUUCCGAGGAAGAAGGCGAUUGUGAAGGAUGAGGGGAGGGAUAGGGAUAUUCUACGGGAGAAGGAGAGAGAUAGGGUGAGAGAAAAGGAGAGGGAUAGGGACAGGGACAGGGAUGAUGUUGGUGUCAGUGGAAAGAAGAGGAAGACGGAUGAGGAGAGCACUGUGACAAAGAAGAGGAAGAUGGAGGACGGGAGAGCUGUUGCGUCGUCUUCGACAGCGCCAAAAAUCAAGAAGGAGGAGAGGGAGCGAGACCGGGAGAUAGACCGGAAAGAGAGGGAUAGGGAUAGAAAGGAGAAGGAUAGGGAAAUCGCGAGGAUACCCAAGAAGUCGACGGCCGCGAACGUUAGGGACAGGGAGCGUGAUAGGGACAGCAGGGACAGGUCACCACUACCCUCCCGAAAGAGCCUCGGUAAGCGUGAACGCGACGACUCACCCGACCCGCCUCUUCGAAAAGUCAAACGCGAGCCCGUAGAACCGUCACCUCUACCCUCCUUCUCCCGCCACCACGAUAAGACCCGUACAUCCAAGACGAAGACGAGCACCAGCGCGAGCAACACGACGGGGAUGAGUCAUCGUGGCGAAGGGAUCUACACGAGUUCAGAAGACGAAGAUGAUCGUUCACCUCCACCCGCGCGCACCUCUACCUCCACUAAAUCCUCCAAGUCCUCCUCUACAUUAGCGUCCUCCCGAGCUUCGGCCCCUUCCGCUCCACCUCCUGUACCCGCACUUACUGCCCCCUCACCUGCUACAUCCUCCUCCUCUGGUGCCGCCUCCCUCAACUCCACCAACACCAACUCUUCCUCGCACUCCCGGUCGCGGACCUUCACCUACCGUACGCCACCCACGGCACCGCUCCCCAAAGAACGCUCCGCCCUCGUCGCGCGGUACGAAGACGCGUACCCGGAGUACAUGGAGACUUAUGCGAUGAUAACGAAGCAGAGGAGGUUGUUGCAGAAGUUAAUGAAGAGGGUGGAGCAGGAUGAGGACGCGGAGAUGAGCAACGAGGAGGAUGUGUUGGAGCCAGAGGAAUACCAGAAGUUGAGGGACAAUUAUGAGGCGUGGACGCAGGAGUUGGCGGGGAUCACUGAGAAGUGUAGGAGGGUGGGCGUGGAGUUGACUGGGCUGGCUGAGUGAGGCGCUGUGUGGAAUGAAGCAGAAAGUAAAAGGAAGAAGCAGUUAUUGGCUGAUAGUUGUGUGCAUACCCCGAGAAGUGGAAUGCAGCCAUUGUUGCCUGUGGACAAAUGGCAGUAUAGUGUACAGGAUUCGAGUGGUUUUUGUUCCCCUUCCCUUCCCCUUUCUCUUUCUCUGGAUUCGUUUCUUUUUGUUAGCGUAAUUAUCUGCUUUCGACCGCGCCGGUGACCAUCUUCCUUUGAGUCAUUUGGCAGCGGCUUGCUCUCGAGUUUG